GGUCCUUCGUGUGGUUGAGCAGGGCACAGCACCAAAUACAGGCCCGCCUUUCCCUCCACUUCGACCUUACCACUUACAAGUCUACAGUUCUAGACACAAAUCGCAGAAUGCCGAGACCGCCCACAAAACGCAAUCGCUUGACAUCUAAGGCUCCGCCAGCCGCCGAGAAUGAUAGUCAUCAGGGCCCCGGACGGCAUGGCAUAUCCUCAGAAGCAAAUACCAAGUUCACAGAAAAUGCAAACCAGAUCAUCACGGAUUUUCCUGAGGUGGGCCAAAGCGGCCAAGCCUCGGAAAUCAGGCGGCAAUUGAGGAACCAGACGCCUUUAACGAGAGCACAAGAACAUGCGAUCGAGUCCUCGCCCAUUGGGGACCGUGAGACCACAGGCAGUCGCCCGGCUACGAGAGCUCGAGGGUACUCGUCAACCCUCUCUGUUGUCGGGAGAAAGGGCGAUACAGGCUCUAAAGUUCCAGGAACUCCCGCAUUUGAAAGCUCGAUAUUAAGUAACUUUAGAAGGAGGCCCCGGCAGCCGAGCAUCAUGCAGAUGAUGCAAGCAGAGGACGGUUCCUCUGACCUUGAUGAUGAUGAUGUUUUCCUCGGUAGUUUGAGUCCGGAAGAUGAGUCCACCCCUUUGAAUCUCUCAAGGAGUAGGCCUCUCCCAAUCCGACAAACUGCGUCACCAUCGCCUAGGCAUCCAACUCCGUCCAGUGACGGGUCGCGCAAGCGUAAACUGUCUGGCGAAACACCACAUGCUUCUCAAUCGGACUCGGAAGUUACCGAGAAUUCUCCUGCCACAUCGCCUACAUCACAACGGCGACAAAGCGGGAUUGGUGUGUCAGUUGGUCAUACUCAAUACCCGGAUUCGCCUGGUGCACUCAGCCAAACGCUGGCCCCUCCCAUGAGCAGCAGCCCGCCACUCAGCCCGACACAUACGGAGUCACCACGUGGAUCGGCCCAGCAGAAGCAUAUAGACAAGCCAGCUGAGCCGGCAACCACUAAUAAGCUGGUCUUACCAACGUCAGCCCUUCAAGACAGGCUUUUACCUCGGAGAAACCGCUCACAACGUAAACGCUUUGGUAUGGACGGUUCUGAGAUCCGGGAAGAUCCAAUUGAUGGCGAUCAAUCCGCCACUGAGCAGGAUGACGACGAUGACGAAUUGUACUACCUACCGCCCAAACAAUCAUUCCGGGCACCAAGAAAGCGCCUGGUGAAACAGAAAUCUGCCAAAAGUACCAGGACUGUACAGGGGGCGCAACCAAUGGCAGAUAGUGUCGAAGGCCAAAUAAUAGGCGGCCAGCACCCUGCUGCUCAGCCGAAUGCCACGGCCAAAAAGCCAGGAGAUAAAAGAAUGACAUACAGAACUAUGGGACCUAAUAAGGAGAACGAGCCGGUCGAUACAUCGCCUUUGUCAUCUCCUUUGUCGUCCCCGCCAGACUCAGAGGAGUCCGAGUCCGAUUCCACUGCAGAGUCUACCCUGGGCAGCCAUUUCCUUAGCGAUGAAUUGAGAUUGCAAGCAAAGAAGUUUGCGGAUGUUGAUAAAUGGGAGUUAGAAUUCGAAGACGUGGCACCCGACAGCCAAGGCAGUGAAGUCUUCAGAUAGCGGACACCUCUAUAAUUGGUGCUCACGAGAUUAGUUUCGAUUAGUUAUGGGAUCAACUAGUUAUCUAAGCGAAUGGUCAGAUUUGUCUGAGUAAGGAAGGAGAUAGCCGCGCUAUUGCGAUGAUAACCGGC